AUGGCCAAACUCAUAGAGAAGUUUUGGCGUCUUGAAGAAGCGUGCUUUCAAGACUGGGAACCAAAGCAACAUGACGAAUGCGAGGCGGAAAGUCACUUCCGCACAACGUUAGAGAUCGCUCCCGACGGGAGAUACAUUACACGAAUGCCCCUACGGGGGGAGCCGUCAUCGUUAGGCGACUCUUAUCAACAAGCAUAUAGAAGAUUCACAUCGCUUGAGCAAAGGCUCAAGCGGAAUGCAGACCUGUACAAAGAGUACAGGGCAUUCAUGAAUGAAUAUGAAACACUGGGACAUAUGGUACCAGUCACCACAGAAGACUUUCACAAAGUAAAGUAUUUCAUCCCUCACUCGUGUGUGGUGAAACCAGAUUCAACAUCCACCAAGGUUAGGGUGGUGUUCGACGCAAGUGCAAAGACGUCAACCGGAGUAUCCCUGAACGAUAUACAAAUCGUGGGACCAACCAUUCAAAAGGACUUAUUCGAUCUGCUAAUUGAUUUCAAGACGCACAACGACGUGCUAGUAGCAGAUAUUGCAAAGAUGUACAGACAAAUUCACAUCGCAUACACAGACACUUGGUUACAAUGUAUUUUGUGGCGCGACAGCCCCAAUGAUCAAUUGAAAGCGUAUAGACUGACGACUGUCACAUAUGGUGAAGCGUCUUCAUCAUUCUUGGCCUGUAGGGCACUACACGAAGCAGCUGAAGAUUAUCGGUCGGUAAAUCCGAGAAUUGCCGACACCAUUCAACGAUCGUUCUAUGUUGACAAUCUAAUGAUUGGAGCGUCCAACGCAGAUGAACUGACGGAGACGAAACGAGAAAUAGAGCAUGCAUUGUCACUUCAUGGAUUUCCACUUCGAAAGUGGGCAUCAAACAACGCAAGCGUACUGGAAGGAAUUCCAGAGAAAGACUUGGAACCAUUGAUCCAAGUUGGUGACCAAGAGGUCAUAAAGACAUUGGGGAUAGCCUGGAACCCCAAAACAGACGUGUUCCAGUUCAUCAGUACGAAAAACAUAGGUGAAACAUACGAAGCGCUCACAAAGCGACAGAUGGUCUCGAAGAUUUUGAGACUGUAUGACCCAAUCGGAUUGAUACAACCUGUAAUCAUUACAGCUAAAAUAUUGAUGCAAGAAUUGUGGACUUAUAACGUCAGCUGGGACGAUGAUGUUCCAGAUCAAGCACUAAGCUCAUGGAAGAAGUUCGAAGCUUCAUUAGUGGAGCUCAGCAAGAUAGAAAUACCUCGGAUGUCGACUCCGAGUCAUACGAUCGCACUAGAUUUACACGGAUUCAGUGACGCCUCCGAAAAGGCUUAUGGAUGCGUCAUUUACUUACAUGCAAUCAACUUAAAAGGAGAAGAGAGUACGAAUCUCUUAUGUUCGAAAUCGAGAGUGGCGCCUUUGAAGAAGGUCACUCUGCCCCGUCUGGAACUCUUGGCGGCGGCACUUCUAGCAGAACUAACUGCUAAAAUAAAGAGCAUUCUGGCCGGUCGAAUCUCGUCGGAAUAUUACUACAGUGAUUCACAAGUAGCGCUAAGUUGGAUCAAAUCUUCAAAUACACGUUGGGGAACCUUCAUUAGAAAUAGAGUGCAGAAGAUACACUCCACCACGAAUCCAGAGCAUUGGAAAUAUAUAUCUACGAAAGAAAAUCCGGCUGAUAUGGUUUCGAGAGGAAUUCCAGUCAGAAAAUUACGCGAAGCAAAACUAGAAUUUUGGUUACACGGACCGGAAUGUAUACGAAGAAGACAAUAUUAUCUGCAGAGCGGCUACGAAUACACUGCUGCUGCAGAACAGGAAGAGAUUAAAGAACCAAUAACACGAUUGGUAGCAGCAACAGGAAAGGCAUGCGAAGACUUAAUCGCAAAAUACCCGCACCAUCACACUCAUGACAAAACAGUAAGACACUUUGCAUGGCUGUGUAGAGCCAUAAACAAUAUGAAGAAGGUCAAUAAAGACACAGGCAUCAGAAACGAAAAGAGAUCGGGCCCACUCACCACCACUGAAUUGAAUGAAGGACUAACACUCGUAGUCCGAAUUAUGCAAGCCACUAUUUAUCCAAAUGAAGUAGCGGAAUUACGAAAAACUGGGAAGGUGCCUACGAAAGGACCUUUCCAGCAUCUCAACGCAAUCGUCAGAAAUGGAGUCAUACAUGUCACAGGGAGACUCCACAAUGCAGAAAUGCCCAUCUCACAAAAGAAUCCAAUAUUGAUUCCCAAAUCGCACCCAUUUUCGAGGGUAAUAAUUCAAAAAAUACAUGAGGAUAGAUUUCACGCCGGAACAGAUCUGGUAAUAAACGAAUUUCGACAAAGAUUUUGGAUGAGGGAUCUCCGAAGGACCGUACAAGGAGUCAUUCAACGAUGCAUCUUAUGUGCCAAAGCGCGGCCCAGACGUUUACAGCAACGAAUGGGACAACUGCCCUCGCCCAGGGUAAAUGAAUCAGUAGCGUUCACUCACACGGGAGUGGACUUAUGUGGGCCAUUCGAAGUAUAUCUCAAUCAAAAAUCGAAAUGCAAGACCACAGCAUAUGCUUGCAUCUUCAUAUGUUUUGCGACCAAAGCAGUUCACCUAGAAGUCGUCGAAGAUCAGUCGACGGCAGCGUUCAUAUCAGCACUUCUCCGUUUCACAUCAGUGAGGGGAAUACCCGAGGUUAUUUACUCCGACAAUGGGCGGAACUUUGUCGGGGCCAGCAGAGAACUCAAUCGUUUACGAAGAAUAUAUAACAAUGAAGUUUUUCAAAACAAAUUAGUUGAUAUUGCGGCAACUCACAGAAUAAGAUUUUCAUUCAUUCCACCCCGAAGCCCCAGCUUUGGAGGACUUUGGGAAGCGAACAUAAAGGUAGCCAAGCGGCUCUUUAGUGCAGCGGCCAGAGGAGCACAGCUAAACAUCAUGGAAUUGCAGACACUGUUCUACCAAGUGGCCGCAAUAAUGAAUUCGCGACCACUCACACCUGUUUACACGACGCCAGAUUCACCGACCGCGAUCACACCCGGUCAUUUUUUGAUAGCACGCCCAAUGCUAGCCGUGCCCAUCCCUACGCAGAGUGAGGAUGGAAGCAAUCUCACAACCAGAUGGAAACGAGUACAAUCGCAGCUCGAACAAUUUUGGAGAAGAUGGAGAGACGAGUAUCUCCACCAGUUACGUGAUUAUGCAAAAUGGACCAAGCAACAAGCCAACGUUAAGGUAGGCCAAAUCGUAUUGAUCGGAGACGAUCACCUUCCCGUAGCAAGGUGGCCUAUGGGAAUUGUCACACAAAUACACCCUGGAGAUGAUGGAGUAGUCCGAGUGGCAGUAGUGCGAACCGCUACCGGAAUUUACAAACGCAACGUGCGAACACUUGCUCCUCUACCAGUCGAGGAGCACACCAUUCAACCCAUUAUAGAAGAGUAUGACAACACAGCUGAUAACGAACAGCAAUCUCAAGCCGAAGCAAUCGAACUAGAAGACGAUCCCCCUCCCCAAGCACCCCAAAUGAUUUGGGACGGUAGACUACGCCCUCGUCCCAAAGGGGGGAGAAAAUGGAAGUACACGAAAUCAGAUUGGGUGACGACCCUAUGA